GAGGAGAAGGCGGGCGGGAGACACCUGCGUCCGCUGGCGCGGUUCAACUAGGCCAGUGACGUGACGUCCACGAAGGCGGGGUCUUCUGGGCGCAGACAUGUCUUUCCUCCAGGACCCAAGUCUCUUCACCAUGGGUAUGUGGUCCAUCGGUGCGGGAGCCCUCGGGGCCGCAGCUCUGGCGUUACUCCUGGCCAACACAGACAUGUUUCUGUCUAAGCCCCGGAAAGCGGCACUGGAAUAUUUGGAAGACAUAGACCUGAAAACACUGGAGAAAGAACCAAGGACAUUCAAAGCAAAGGAGCUAUGGGAAAAGAACGGGGCUGUGAUCAUGGCCGUGCGAAGGCCAGGCUGCUUCCUCUGUCGUGCGGAGGCAGCGGACCUGUCCUCCCUGAAGCCCACAUUGGACGACUUGGGUGUGCCUCUCUACGCUGUGGUGAAGGAGCAGGUCAGGGGAGAAGUGAAGGACUUCCAGCCUUACUUCAAAGGGGAAAUCUUCCUGGAUGAAAAGAAAAAAUUCUAUGGUCCAGAGAGGCGGAAGAUGAUGUUCAUGGGCCUCGUCCGUUUGGGUGUGUGGUACAACUCCUUCCGGGCCUGGAACGGGGGCUUCUCUGGAAACCUGGAAGGCGAAGGCUUCAUCCUCGGAGGGGUUUUUGUGAUAGGCUCUGGAAAGCAGGGCAUUCUUCUUGAGCACCGAGAAAAGGAAUUUGGAGACCGAGUGAACCCUCUCUCUGUUCUGGAAGCUGUAAAGAAGAUCAAGCCACAGACUCCAGCCUCAGGGAAGAGCUGAUCGUGUACAUCUGCUGGCUGGGGGGCGGAGAACGGGCCUGCACACGUGUUCACUCGAUCAGCUGUGCUUCCAUCGUGGCCCCGAGAGCUAGGAAGCCAGGGCACCAUAUUCACUAGGAAUUGGUAAUAUGUUUUAACCUUGUCUUCUGUUUAGGCCCAGUAGAACAGAUAGGUCCCAGACAAAACUGAUUAAAAUCCAGCAAACCUGUGACAGUUGUUUGAAGAAAAUCCAAGGCUUAAAGUUUAUUGCUACACCUCCUUUCAAAUGAAUAUAUCCUGAGUGUUGGUAUUUGAAGUGAAUUUUAUUUUCAUGUCUAAUAAAAAAAAUUCUAAACUCUGAGAAAAGUUGGACUAAGAAACAGCUCAGUGAGAGGCAGGCGGAUCGCUGUGAGUUUGAGGCCAGCCUGGUCUACAAAGCGAGCUCAGGACAGUCAAGGCUACACAGAGAAACCCUGUCUCAAAAAA